AUGGCAUCCGGUCUGUAUGUCAUUGUGCUCCUCUGUUUGACCAGUGGACUGUGGAUUGAAGCAAACGUGGUGAAGUAUGACGACAAAGAUUGUUGCCCUGUGGGUUGGAGUUACUUUAAGGGGCGCUGUUACAAAUUCAACAUCGUUGAAAAGGACUGGGCUGAUGCAGAGCGUACCUGCACUUCUUAUGGUGGAAAUCUGGCAUCCAUCCGCUCCAUUGCCGAGCGCAAUUUCAUCAGGGAGCUGAUUCGUAACAAGGCUAAAGUAGAGAAGACAACUUGGAUUGGAGGCUAUGAUAAAGUAAAGGAGAAUGUGUGGCUGUGGAGUGAUGGUUCACACUUUGACUUCGAAGGGUGGGGUAAGGGGGAACCAAACAAUCAUUCAGGAGGAGAAGGGUGCAUGGAGAUCAACUGGGACGGAAAAAAUGUUGUCAAUGACAUCAAGUGCCACGUGAAGAGAUCUUUCAUUUGUGCCAUGGAAAAGUAA